AUGCAAGAAGUUUUAGGAGUGUCAAUUCAUGUCCCAUGGACAGUGGAGCUCGAAGGGUUCAUCCCACGAUGGAAACAGCAAUUCCACAAGGACUAUCGAAACAUCACUGCUGCUGAAAUGGAUUAUUUUGGACUUUGGGCUUAUGAUGCUGUUUUUUGCUUAGCCAUGGCAGUUGAAAAAAUUGGGUAUACAAGCUCUGAACUACAAAAGAGGUGCUACUUGUUCCUUCGACUUGACAGAUCCUCGUACCUUCAUGGUCUCUCAACAUGGUCUAGAACUUUCCUAUGCCUUAUCUAUCAACAGAUUGAAAGGCAUUGUUGGAGACAGUGGCGGAUCUAG